AUGGCUCUCAACACCUUCUCCCGCGCUGCUCUGCGCCGCACAAUGGCUCCCCAGCCUGCCUUCUCAUGGACGCAAAAGACCGCUUUCAACCUCGCCCGAACAUACGCGACCCCGAGCAAGACCGCAUCCCUCAAAGAGACCUUCGCCGCCUCGCUGCCCGAGAAGAUUGAGCAGAUCAAGAAGCUGCGGAAAGAGUACGGUAACAAGGUCAUCGGCGAGGUCACCUUGGACCAGGUCUACGGUGGUGCCCGUGGUAUCAAGUCCCUCGUCUGGGAGGGUUCCGUCCUCGACUCCGAGGAGGGCAUCCGUUUCCGCGGCAAGACCAUCCCCGAAUGCCAGGAGCUCCUUCCCAAGGCCCCCGGUGGCUCUGAGCCUCUGCCCGAGGGUCUCUUCUGGCUCCUCUUGACCGGCGAGGUUCCCUCCGAGCAGCAGGUUCGUGACCUCUCCGCCGAGUGGGCCGCUCGCUCCGAUGUCCCCAGCUUCGUCACCGAGCUCAUCGACCGCUGCCCGUCCGACCUCCACCCCAUGGCCCAGCUCUCCCUCGCCGUCGUCGCCCUCGAGCACGAGUCCUCCUUCGCCAAGGCCUACGCCAAGGGCAUGAAGAAGGCCGAGUACUGGGAGCACACCUUCGAGGACAGCAUGGACCUCAUCGCGAAGCUGCCCACCAUCGCCGCCCGCAUCUACCGCAACGUCUACAAAGACGGCAAGGUCCCCGCCGUGCAGAAGGACAAGGACUACGGCUACAACUUGGCCAACCAGCUCGGUUUCUCCGAGAACAAGGACUUUGUCGAGCUGAUGCGCCUCUACCUCACCAUCCACUCCGACCACGAGGGUGGUAACGUCUCCGCCCACACCACCCACCUGGUCGGUUCCGCGCUCAGCUCUCCUUUCCUCUCCCUCGCCGCUGGUCUGAACGGUCUCGCCGGUCCCCUCCACGGCCUCGCCAACCAGGAGGUCCUCAAGUGGCUCCAGGAGAUGAAGGCCUCGGUCGGCUCCGACUUGUCCGACGAGAACAUCACCAAGUACCUGUGGGACACCCUCAAGGCCGGCCGUGUCGUUCCCGGCUACGGCCACGCCGUCCUCCGCAAGACCGACCCGCGUUACGUCUCCCAGCGCGAGUUCGCCAUCAAGCACCUCCCCGACGACCCGAUGUUCAAGCUCGUCUCGCAGGUGUACAAGAUCGCGCCCGGCGUGUUGACCGAGCACGGCAAGACCAAGAACCCGUACCCCAACGUCGACGCCCACUCCGGUGUCUUGCUCCAGUACUACGGCCUCACUGAGGAGAACUUCUACACCGUCCUCUUCGGUGUCAGCCGUGCGCUCGGUGUCCUCCCUCAGCUCAUCAUCGACCGUGCCGUCGGUGCGCCCAUCGAGCGUCCCAAGUCGUUCGACACUGCUCACUGGGCCAAGCUCGUCGGUGCCAAGAUUUAA